AUGGACUUCGUGCGAGGGAUAUUACUCGAAAAGUCUUGGGCGGGGAUCAGCCAGGAACAGCGGGAAUCCGCCGCCACCAAGGUUGCUGAUCUGAUGAAUCGGAUGCAAUCCAUUAACUUGAAUGACUUGGCGCCCGGUCCUGUGGGUUACGACAUGGAAGCCGACGAGCCGUGGCCUAGGCCUUAUUUCACUGACUACGGCACAGGGCCUUUCCCGACACUUGGAGACAUGGAAGAUUGGUACAACCACAAGUUGGACGUCUGCGUACACUGGAAGCAGGGAAGCGAUAGCGUCCCGAGAUUCGAGUUUAAGGACCUGGUUACCACCCAUCAGGAUAUCGUUCCUCGAAAUAUCAUUGUUAAAGAAGAGACCGGAGAGGUGUGGCUCAUUGACUGGGGUAUGGGUGGUAUUUAUCCAGUUGGGUUUGAGCAAGCUGCUUUAGCAUGGCAAGGCCCGGGGGAGUACGAUAGGGAACUCAGAGAGUUAGUUCUCCCCAAAUUGGCUUAUCAAGGGGACUUGGAACUGAGGCAGCUGAGAAACAUUUUGUACGGGGUUACGACAGCUGCAUUCCUGUAG